AUGGAUUUCGUUACUAUCCCGAUUCACAGCUACACUUAUAUCUUUGCCGUUGGCAUGAUAUUAGCUUUCAUGGAUGCUUUCGGCAUCGGUGCAAAUGAUGUUGCCAAUUCUUUUGCUUCUUCUGUUGGAUCAAAGACAUUGACACUUGUCCAAGCCUGCUGUAUAGCCGUCUUUACUGAAUUUCUGGGAGCCUUCCUUAUGGGAUCAAGCACUGCUGAUACCAUUCGCGGUAACAUCAUAUCUUUGGAGUUAUUUGCUAAUCAGCCAGGCACACUUAUGCUUGCCAUGCUGUGCGCCAUCACUGGCGCUGCUUCAUGGGUUCUCUUCGCUUGCCGUAUGGGAUGGCCUGUGUCCACUACCCACAGUGUCGUUGGUGCCAUGAUUGGCGUUGGUGUUGCUGGCUUCGGCUUUGGAGCCGUUGAUUGGGGUUGGAGUGGCGUUGGCUCUAUCAUUGCCUCGUGGGUCAUUUCACCCAUCUGCGCAGGUAUCGUCACAGCCAUCAUCCUUUUCAUUACCCAGCAACUGGUGCUCAAAAGCGACAACUCCUUCAAACGGGGUCUCAUUGCUUUACCCUUCUACUUCUUUGUCACUCUCGCCAUCAAUGUAUUUUACAUUGUCUACAAAGGUUCCCCUGGCCUCAACUUAUCCAAGCUCCCGCUCGGAUCUGUCUUUGGUAUCACCUUUGGCAUCAGCGGGGGAAUUUUCCUCUUUUGCUGGUUUUUCCUCAAGCCGUUCCUCAAGCGCCGUCUCGGCGAUGGCGAGCCCCUCAAGUGGUAUCACGUCUUCUUCAUUCCUCUUGUUUCCAAGCGCGAAAAGGCUGAAGUGGAAGCACCAUCUAUUGAGGCUCCUACCGAGCAUGGUCCUGAUUCCAUUCAAGAAGCUCCUAAUGAAAAGACUGACGAAAGCCAGGAAGAUUAUGUCGCAACAGAAGAAGAGAAUGCUACUGACAAUGCUGAUUCCAAGGACAGCCGCCCUAAGCAACUCUUGAAAAAGGGCUUGGAUAGGUUCAAGGCAAAGAUGAAGAAAGGAAUAGAAGACGACACUCAUGACGAAAAGUUGCAACAAAUCCAUGACAAUGCUCAAAAGUAUGAAAACCGCACUGAGAGACUAUUCUCCGUUUUACAAGUUAUGACCGCUUGCUUUGCCUCCUUUGCUCACGGAAGUAACGAUGUCGCCAACGCUGUCGGACCGAUCUCAACCAUCUACAACAUCUGGAGUACCGGUACUGUCGAAUCCACCAAGGCCGCCGUGCCAUGGUGGAUACUCCUUUACGGAGGUAUUGGUAUCGAUGUUGGUCUUGUCCUCUACGGAUACCGUACCAUGCGUACCCUUGGCCAUAAAAUUACAUAUUUGUCACCUUCCAGAGGUUUUGCUGUUGAGCUGGCCACCGCUUUUACCGUCCUUACCUGUUCUAAACUUGGCCUUCCUGUUUCCACCACCCAUUGUGUCACUGGCGCAACUGCCGCUGUUGGCUUGAUGAACAAGAAUGGCUGGAAAACUCUGAAUUGGAGAACUCUUGGACUUGUCUUCUCCAGUUGGAUCAUCACCCUCCCUAUCGCUGGUCUCUUAUCUGGUUUACUGUUUGCUUUUGUUGGCAACUCUCCCGUCAUCAUCCACUAAAAUUUUUGAUCGCUCGAAAAUUAGAUUCGUUACAAAUAACGUUAUGUACAAAUAGCCAUCCACC